GACUAGAAGGAGUCAUAGUUCCACUAAUCAGGAGGUCUAGAAGGAGUCAUAGUACCGCUAAUCAGGAGGACUAGAAGGAGUCAUAGUUCCACUAAUAAGGAGGUCUUGGAGGAGUCAUAGUACCACUAAUCAGGAGGUCUAGGAGGAGUCAUAGUAGCACUAAUCAGGAGGACUAGAAGGAGUCAUAGUACCGCUAAUCAGGAGGACUAGAAGGAGUCAUAGUUCCACUAAUCAGAGCUCCUAAAAUGACUCCACAGACAGUGAACUACUUCCACAAUCCAGCUGUAAAAACAGACAUCAGCUGCUUCAGACUUGGAUCAGGGGUUCUCAAUGGAAACCAGAGUUAGUGUGAAGUUCAGACAGUGAGAAGGAACCUUCAGAACAUCAACCUCUAUGGACGGAGGACAAAAACUGAACCUGGUUGCUGCUCAGAACUAAACUUCCUGAUGAAUGUUUGCUGAAGAACAUGAGAAGAAGCCUGAUGGAUGUUGAAGAACAUUCUUUGGUCAGAUGAAGAUAAAUGAGUUCAGAUGGAGUCCAGAUGUUUGGUGUGAACCUGACCAGGACUACCACAAUGCAUGGUCCUGACAGUGAAGCAUGGAGGUGGAAGUGUGAUGACAUCCAAAGAACAUCAUCACACAAGAGCUUCUCCACCAGGACAAAACCUUUGUGGUGUUUUCCAGAGAAAGGUAGAGCAACACAACGCCUCUACUAAAGAGCAGCUGAAUAAAACAGGAAAGAACGUGAGAAGAUGUGAGCAGAAAUGAGAGGACUCUGGUUUCAUCCACACUGAGGAGGAUUGAGUCUGUCCUCAGAAACAAAGGAGGACAUACGGAGGACUGAAGGAACCAAAGGACUUUUAGAGUUCCUGCUGUGGAGCCUGAAUUUAAAAUAAGAAAUCUGAGCUGUAGUUUGUCUGAUUACUGUGAUUAUUUGUUUUGCUGUUUUUUCCUUUUUUGUGAGUUUGAUGAAAUGAACCUUUUACAGAAAAAAUGAGGAGUGAAGGACCGAUGGCUCUAUCAGAAUCAUCUAUUCUUCCACUGGGCUGUCGAUGCGUUUAAUGAACACAGAACAAACUCUCUUUCUCCGUAAUUGCCGUCAGAUCUCAGCUCUGAUGGAAAAUGACGACUGCUUGAGGCAGAAGUCAGCGUUCGUCAGCGUCAGUUCAAGCCGUAAACAGGACAGCAGCAGGAGAUCAGUGGGCGGGAGGCAGGAAGACGUAACAGGUGAGGAAACAGUGAGGCAUCGACGGGCAGAGUGAGAAGACAAAGAGAGAAUCACACCUUCAGGAAGUGAACCCAACAGCAGAGGCAGAACAAAAGGGAGCAAACUGGAGAUGGAGUUAAUGAAACACUUUGUGGCCGUCCUGAUGUUGUCCGCACAUCUGGUCCUCACCUCUCCGAUUGAGAGGACCUACGAGGCUGACGGCAAAGCGUGCCGACUGUGUCCUCCAGGUGAGUAUCAGAAGCCUUCCUGUACAGAAUGUCAAGUUUGUCCUCCUGGAAGAUACACGACCGACUGGAACCGAGAGGACAGCUGCCGGCCCUGCUACAGAGACUGUUCACCAGAGUAUCACCUGAAGGUGGUUCAGAACUGCAGCGCGACGUCGGACCUGAAGUGCGUCUGUGAGUCGGGGUUUCGAUGCACCGAGACGUCUCCACAGUCUGGAAACUGCAGAAAGUGUGAGAAGAUCCAGGACACGACCACGACCGCAGUGACGUCGGCCAGAGAUGAACAGAUGUCUUCUUCAGGUUCCUCCUCCACCGUCAGCUGCUCGUCUCCAUCGUGUCGAUCUCACUCUGCAGACCACCGCGAUUAUUCCAACAAGAUGCUGGCGGCCAUUUUGUGUCCGGUGGUCGUGGUGUCUUGCGUUGCCGUGGUGAUCCUGUUCUGCUUCCGUCGUCCCGGAGACGAGACAUGUUUCAGGCAAACGGUCGCAAAGCUCUGUAACGAGGAAGGACAAAACGCGUCCCACAAGUCCAAGGAGUCGACUCGUCCGUUUCAGCAGAGACUCCUCCAAGCCAACAGAGUUCGUCUGUUCAGCUCAUCUGGGUUCGGUCCACGUCCAAAAACCACGGCACCCUCAUCUUCAGCCUCCUCAGCCCCGUCUCAGGACAGGUCGGGCAGACGGCGGAGGGAGGGAAGACGGAGAGGCCGAGCGGCGGCGAUGAACCGACGGAGGCCGACCGGAGUUUCAGCCUUCAUCUCCUCACAUUUCUGAGGAGGAGAGAGCCACGAGGCCGACAACAUCUUCUUUCCCCUCCCAGGAGCAGGGAAAGGACUUCCACGUGUCCAAGGAGGAGGCACUAUGAUGCAUCCAGACCCAGUGUUCUGUCUGGUGGUGGAUUUAUAAAACUGGACCAAAAGAACUGAAUGAUUCUGUGAGGAGCAGCCGGGAGAUGAUCUUCUUUGUAAGUUAUAAUUUAAAUCUUGUAAAUACUCUUUUAACGGGUUCGAGUGUUUCGUGGAUUCUGUAAAUAUCAGACGCUUGAGCAAAAUGACUUUUUAUUUUGAAUAAAG